CCUAAGAGGCGCUUAUAAAUAGGCUGCACCUGAAUGCUAUUUUGAUGCAGAAAAGUAUCUAUUGAAACUAAAAUCCAUCUAUAAAUCCCUCUAAACAAAACCUAUUGUUCAAGAUGGAGUGCCAAAAUGGUACCGCAGAAAUCACUCGUCCACUUGCGAAUUUCGAUCCUGACGUUUGGGGGGAUACCUUCCUCGAUUACUCUUCCGCUGAUGAGUUUGAACAAAAUAGAGAUCAUGUUGCCUCGGCUGUAGAAUGCUACAUGAAACAAUAUGGGACUUCUGAGGAAGAAGCUUACAAAGAGAUCCAAUUGGAGAUGGAAGAAGCUUGGAAAGACAUGAAUGAAGAGUUGCUUCGACCAACUUGUGUUCCAAUGCCUCUGAUAACUCGAAUCAUUAACCUAUCAAGGUUUUUAUAUGAUCUAUAUAAGAUUGGUGAAGAUGGUUACACUAUGAGCAAGUAUCUGAAACUAAAAAUUGCUAAAGUUCUUAUUGAUCCCGUCAUAAUAUAAUAUUGGCGUACGUACGUUGUUAAAGUUGUAGCUUAAUAAGCCAUUUACGGUGUUUUACUUAAUAGACCUCGUUGAAUCUAGCAAUUGCUUAAGCUUGAUUCUUGAUCUAAGCUUGUGGCUCCUUUAGAAGCUAAAAGCCUUUGCGAAUUUUAAAUUCCUAAGCUUUUUUUUCAAUAUUAAAGAUAAUUUCUUUA